AUGGCAAAGACAAAAGGAAAUGAGAGUAUGAAGAAGAAGAAGAACCCAUUCAUGGAACCACCAAAGAAGCAAAUCAAGCUAGGGAGUAGUAGCUCCAAUGCAAGAGCAGAAAUACCAACUUCCCCACAUUCCAUUGAUGCAAGUCAAGAACAUGUGGAGAGUCCAAGAAGAGGAGAAGAUGAUUGGGCACUUGUAACCUUUGUUGGAGAACAAAAUCAAGACCCAAGAAAGUGUAAGAAGGCAAUGGAGAAGGUGAACAUCGAGCCAUGUGUGAAGAUGGACACCCAAACCCUUGAUCUUCUCAAGAUAAGAGAUGAUGUCACAUGGUACAUAAGGAAGCUAGGCUUGAGCAAGCUCUUCAAGCUAGAAUGUAGUGAGUACUCACAACUCACCAAGGAGUUCCUCUCUACAGUAGCUCUUGCCUUUCCCAACCACAAUGGAGACCAACCAGCUGGUGAUGGACUCCUACUCUUCAAGAUAGGCGAUGCCAAUGGGCGCAUCUCCAUCUCAGCUCUAUGCCAACUCUUUGGACUUCCCAAUGAGACAGCACAUGACUUCAAGGAGAACUCAAAGAGGAAACAAGCUGCCUUUGCUGAUUGGACACACUUUGCCAAUGAACCAUUCUUGCCUUCAAGGUCAAAGGUGUCUAGAAUCACUCAUCCAGCCAUUCGCUAUGUGCACCGCCUCAUCUCCACCACUUUCCAAUGCAAACAAGAAGCCAACAAGGUCACAACUGAUGAGUUCUACAUCCUCACCACACCAUUCAUCAAGCAUGAGUACAAGGCCAACCUUGGACUUUUACUUGCCAAGACAUUCAUCAAUGUGAGGAAGCUAGCUCAAAGACUUGGAAGGCAACAAGAAGCUUUGUGUUCGUUUUGGGAGGCUUAUCACGGCCAUAGUACUGCAUGUGGGGAUUGA